CGUGUGUCUCCUUCAUCGUGCCCCGUGCCCGUUAGACAGAGCUGAUUUAGGCUAGUUGUCAACUCACCCUCGGAGCAACAUCACCUGUCACUCUGGUCAGGCUCGCUCCAGGCUCGCUCCAGGCUCUGCUGCAGACUUCUCCCCGCUGUGUGAACACCUUAGCGCCGAACAAUGGCUGUCCCUCCUUCAUACUCUGACCUGGGCAAAGCUGCCAAGGACAUAUUCAGCAAAGGCUAUGGCUUUGGUGUCGUGAAGCUGGACCUCAAGACAAAAUCACAAAGUGGAGUGAUGGAGUUCAACACGUCUGGCUCCAGUAACACAGACACAGGCAAAGCCUCAGGAAACCUAGAGACCAAGUACAAGAUGAAGGAGCUGGGACUGAGCCUCAGCCAGAAGUGGAACACAGACAACACACUGGCUACUGAAGUGACUGUGGAGGACCAGCUGGCCCAAGGACUGAAGGUUGGCUUGGACACGUCUUUUGUGCCAAACACAGGUAAAAAAAGUGGGAAGCUGAAGACGGGCUACAAGCGGGACUACAUGAACCUGGGUUGCGAUGUGGACUUUGAGGGUCCCAUCAUCCACGCCAACGGCGUGCUGAGCUAUGAGGGCUGGGUGGCUGGCUACCAGAUGGCCUUCGACACGGCCAAGUCUAAAAUGACCCAGAACAACUUUGCCCUGGGAUACAGGGCUGGAGACUUCCAGCUGCACACCAACGUUAACGAUGGAACCGAGUUUGGCGGCUCCAUCUACCAGAAGGUGAAUGACGAGCUGGAGACAGCUGUCACUCUGGCCUGGACCGCCGGCAGUAACAACACUCGCUUUGGCAUCGCUGCCAAAUACAAGCUGGACAAAGACGUGUCUCUGUCUGCCAAAGUGAACAACGCCAGUCUGAUCGGAGUAGGCUACACCCAGAGCCUUCGACCUGGUGUGAAGGUCACUCUCUCCGCCCUGAUCGACGGGAAGAACUUCAACGCGGGCGGACACAAAGUGGGCAUGGGCUUCGAGCUGGAGGCGUAAAGGGGAGAACUCUCACCUGUCUGUCAGCCCAAACCACAUCAGCCCUUUCACACACACACACACACACACACACCACUGUCCCUGUCUUCCUCUCAUGUUUUCCCCUCUUCACAUUUCACAAGCGUGUGUGACAGUAAUGGUGGCGUUCCAGCGCCAUGAACACCAUAGUUGUGGAGCCCAGAGAGCAACUGGUGGUUUUUAUUUGCAGAUUGUCACUGAUUGUAAUGGUCAUUGAAGGCAACACCUUUUAUUUCCCUUAGAUGAAGUCGUCUUUAGUGUAAAUGUGUAACUUAUUUAAACCUUCUGUCAAAAAGUGAAGUGGAACAAAAAACAGCAUGUGAGGAUGAAAAGGUUGCUGCAGAGCUUGGACGCUUGUUAAAAAACAAAAAAAGUGUGUUUUCUGGUUUCGUCGUGGUUGGAAAACACAAAACAGAGGAGUUUGUUGCGACGUGUGAAUCCCUAUAAUCGUUUGUUCAUCAGGUUUCAUGAGCACAGGACUGACAUAUUUAAUUGCUGCUGGUUAGAGAAUGAGAGACAUUUAAAGGUCCAGUGUGUAAGAAUUAGUGACUUCUAAUGACAGAUUGUAACCAAAGGGAACUGUUACCUGUAGAACACGAGAAAGGACUUGAUUAUCAAGAGUGUGAAGUAGUGAUGAGGCUCUCGUUGAUAGAUGUUUACAUUGUUUCAUGCACUCCAGAGCUCGUUUUUGUUUGUGUGUUAGUGUUAUGAUUUACACAUAGACUCUGUUGUAGAAAUACAGAUGCCGAAAGUACAUAAAAAAAGGCUGAUUCUAAGACAAUAAUUAUUUUAAGGGGUCGUCUGUGGAUACUAUAUUCAAUUUCUACCUAUAAAUCCUCCCUAAAUCUUAUACACUGGCCCCUUUAAAAAAAAAUUCCAUUGCUUACAAGUCUAUAAAUCCUUUAGGUGAAAUCAAUGUAGUGGAAUCUUCAGGUAGUUUGUGUAGUUAGUCUGCAUUUCUACGACAUUGUUUUCAUCUAUCUGUCCUGGCGUGACGGUCACAGGCAGGAGUCAGUGUCCGUCCAUGCUGAACAUACAGAGACGACUGUGCUGUCUCAGAGCGUCAUUGUCCCACAUGUCUGUCCUACUUUUGUUUUUUCAUCUAAAUCCGUUCACAUGAUUAUGAGAAUCAUAGUUGUUUGUCACUUAGACACAGUACCUCAUUUUUUUUCCAGUGUUAUCUAAGGGAAUUCUAAUAAUAAAAAAAAAUGUAAGAAAUGUGUAUUAAAACGGUUUCUUUUCUAAUGUGAAUGUCAGAUGAGAAUUUUGGGUGAAAGGCAAAACUGAGUAAAAUAUAGCAGCUCACGUAAGAUAGCAGAUAU